AUUUUUUAUAUCGAAAUACUCAAAUGCUAAAAUAUUCUUGAACAUAUUCUUUAUAAUAUCUAUAAAAAGUUGGUAAUACUGAUUUCUUUUGCUUUUCAUUAUAUUUAAUUGUGCGCAUGUGUGCGUAGUCUAAACUAGUAUUGACGUUGACAAUUUGCAGUUGAUAUUACAUAGAAAUCUACGAAAAGGUAGUUGUGGGUGUUUCCUAAGAUAAAAAUUAUACAUUCCAUAUAUUAUUGAGAUAUCAUGGAUGCAUUUGGUGAUAACUUUGUCAAUGAAGAAGUAGAUCCAGUUGCAGAAUUUGUAGCAAGGGAACAGGAUCAAUUGGCAGGAUUAGAGAAUGAAAUUCCAUCAGUUUCUAUGUCUGCUCCUGUGACAGCACCUAAUACAGAUGUUGGUCCAGGUGGCGAUGCUGAAGGUAGUUUUGAGAUAAUAGAUGCUAUUGGACAACUUCCUGAAACACAAGCAUCUUCAAUAAUAGAAACUGUAUCUAAGCCUCUCCCAGUAAAAGAAGAACCUGAGAAAAUACGAAAAUGGAGAGAAGAACAAAAAGCUAGAUUAGAAGAAAAAGAUGCAGAAGAAGAAAAGAAAAAAGAAGAAUGGAGAGAAGCUGCAAGAAAAGAAUUGGAAGAAUGGUAUAAACAUCAUGCAGAAGCAAUUAGUAAAACAAAAACUACGAACAGGGAAUCAGCCAAGAAUGCAGAAAAACAAUUUGUAGCAGAAGCUGAUGAAGUGGAACCAGGAACUGAAUGGGAACGUAUUGCUAAACUUUGCGAUUUUAAUCCCAAAUCUUCCCGCACUUCAAAAGAUGUUUCCCGAAUGCGUUCAAUUAUUUUGCAGUUGAAACAAACUCCACCAGCGCCAGUUAGUCUUUGAUUAAAUUAACAACUUGGUAUAAAAAAAAA